AUGGCAUACUCUCCGCUGCCCGUCACGGAGGACGCGGCUCCCCCGCCGGCGCCGGCUCCGGCUGGGUCAACGCUACAGACUGCCAUCUACAUGGUCCUGUGGAUCAUUUCUUCCAACUUUACCAUCUUGUUUAACAAGUAUCUCAUUGAUACAAUCGGUUUUGCUAUCCUCUUGACCUGCUGGCACCUCGUCUUCGCUGCUGUCGUCACCCAGAUUCUCGCCCGCACGACGACCUUGCUCGACAGUCGCCAUCAGCUGCCGAUCAGCGGCCGCUUUUUCAUCCGUACCAUCCUACCCAUCGGCAUCGUGUCAUCAGGCUCUCUCGUCUGCUCCAAUGUCGUCUACCUCUAUCUCUCCGUCGCCUUCAUCCAGAUGCUCAAGGCCGCAUCCCCCGUCGCCGUCCUCUUCACCUCCUGGGCCAUGGGCGUUGCCGACCCCACCAUGACCGCCAUCGUCAACGUUCUCUGCAUUGUCGCCGGCGUCGGCCUCGCCAGCGCCGGUGAGGUCGACAUGUCCAUGAUCGGCACCGUCAUCCAGCUCGCCGGCAUCAUGUUCGAGGCUUUGCGCGUUGUCCUCAUUCAGAAGAUGCUCAGCAACGAGGGCCUCAAAAUGGAUGCCCUCGUGGGUCUGUACUACUACGCACCUGUUUGCGCAGUCAUGAACCUCGUCGUCGGAGCCGCGCUCGAGAUGCCACACUUCAAGUACGAGGAUCUCGAGCGAGCAGGGUUUAUGAUGCUCAUACUCAAUGCGGCUGUUGCUUUGCUGCUCAACUUCACCAGCAUGGUCUUGAUUGGCAAAACUUCUGGCCUCGUGACUACUCUCACGGGUAUUUUCAAGAAUAUUUUGCUCAUUGGCUGCUCCGUCCUCUUCUGGCACACCAAGAUCUCUACCAUCCAAGUUGUCGGCUACAGCGUCAGUCUGGCGGGCUUGAUUCACUACUCUUUUGGCACGGAGAAGAUUCUCGGAGCCCUCAAGGGAGCCUUGGCUAUGGUCACUGGCGCUGUCGGGGCAGCAUCGGUCUCGGGCGAAAAGUUCCGCCCGUCGCGGCGCAUGCGCAUCGGACUGGUCAUCGCAUUCAUCACGCUAUUGAGCAUAUGCAUCUUCUUGGCGUACAUGCGGCACAUUGAGGCGUCGCCUUUGGAAUGGGUUUGGUCAACAACUGGAGGGACGGUAUAG